AUGGGAUUGUUCUCGAACAAGAUCUCCAGAGAUGAACUCAAGGCAGGAGAUCACAUCUAUUCAUGGCGCUCUUACAUCUAUACCCAUCACGGAAUCUAUGUAGGAGAUGGGAAAGUAAUCCAUUUCACACGUGGAGGUGGUUUAGAAAUCGGAACAGGGAGUCCUAUUCUAGACAAGAUCAUCGUUAGUUCAGUUCCUCAUCACGGAGGAGACAACCCGUGUCCUAAUUGCAAAGACCAAACCAAUCUCCACGGUGUCAUCUCCUCUUGCCUCGACUGUUUCCUCUCCGGAGGAAACCUCUAUCUCUUCCAAUACAACGUCUCCAAAGCCAUCUUCCUCGCCAAACAACGAGGAGGUACCUGCACUAUAGCACCAUCAGAUCCUCCUGAAGAAGUCAUCUCCAGGGCAAAGUUCCUCUUAUCCCGAAACGGGUUUGGUGAGUACCAUCUCUUGGACAACAACUGCGAAGAUUUCGCCAUCUAUUGCAAGACUGGUUUGCUCGUGUUGUCGGUGACAAAGUCGGGGAGUAGUAGCCAGGUUCAUUCGGUGUGUGCGGCAGGUGGUGUUGUUUCUUUGACAUUAAGGGCUUUAGGUGUGGGGACGAGUAGUACUGGUCAAGCAGCUUCGUUGACGUCUCCUGCUUUGACGGUUUCUGCUUCGACUAGUGCUCUUUCUACGACGAUUGGAGCUGUGGCUACUGGUGUUGGAGCCUUGGCGUUGACUGGGUAUGGUAACUACUGUAUUGGUCGUUUGGCUUAUGAUGUUGGUGUGAGGAAAGAUGUUCGUAAGGUUGAUGUGGAAGAGCUUGUUGGACUUAUGGCUGCUAUACAAUUGAAAUCAGACAACAAUAACAGCAAAGAGUGUAAACUUACUUAG